AGAAAAUGAAAUCUUGUGGAAAUUAAAUUCCGUAGGUGGCUGGUCAGAAGAGAACCGCGUUAUCUUUCUUGAGACUGUAUAUGGUCCAAUAAUUCACAUGGACUGCAUUGAUUGUAUGAUUCCAACAGCAAUGGCUUUUAACUCCCAAUAAUUCAUAUGCACUGCAUUGAUUUUAUGAUUCCAACAGCAAUGGCUUUUCACUCCCUUUCCCAACUCUUCUUCUUGCUGCUUCUUCCACCAUUUGUUGUUUCUCAAACAUCUAAUAUCACUUUGGGAUCACACCUUGUUGCUUUCAAAGAUUCACCUUCUUGGAAAUCUCCUUCAGGUGAGUUUGCCUUUGGAUUUUACCAGCUUCAGAAUCAAGAGCAGUUCUUGCUGGCCAUUUGGUUUGACCAAAUUCCCGAUAAAACAACUAUUUGGUAUGCAAACGGAGAUAACCCAGCGGCAGAGGGAUCAAGGGUUGAGCUUACAGUAGGUGGAAAACUCCAACUAACUUCCCCAAAUGGCCAAAUCCUUUGGAAAGCCACAUUCAUGGAUGAUGGCACUGCUUAUCCUGUUGAUGGGGCUGCUUAUGCUGCUUUUCUAGACACAGGCAACUUUGUUCUUGUUGGUAAAAAUCUUUCCUAUGCAUGGGAGAGUUUCAAGAACCCUGCAGACACCCUUUUGCCAACCCAAGAACUGCCGCUUGGUGGAAUGCUAUCUUCUAGACAGACGCGAAGCAAUUACUCCAGGGGAAGGUUCCAGCUCCGCUUGCUACCAGACGGUAACCUCGUUCUUAAUACGAUUUCCCUACCCAAAGCAAAUGCAUAUGCUGCCUAUUACAUCAGCGGCACUUUUGAUGAACAUAAUAGCGCCAAUUCUGGUUACAGGGUAGUUUUCAACGAAUCAGGCUACAUCUACAUCGUUCGAAGGAAUGGGCAGAUUUUUAACCUGACAACAGGUGAGAUAGUGCCUUUACAGGAUUAUUAUUACAGAGCAACACUUGAUUUUGAUGGAAUUUUCAGAGAAUAUGCCUACCCCAAACCUAAAAGAACUGGCAUUAUCGAUCAGUCCUGGGCCAUUGUUUGGAACAUCCCCCCUGACAUUUGUAAUGCAGUGAAUGGUAAUCCCCCAACUGGGGACUUUAAUGAGGGACUUGGUUCUUGUGGCUUUAACAGCUACUGUAAAAUUGAUAGUAAUGCACGGCCGAGUUGUGAAUGCCUCCCUGGCUUCAAUUUCUCCGAUCCAAACAACAAGUUCAAUGGGUGCAUUCAGGACAGGAUACAGGAAUGCAAUCUGGGCCCUUCAAAAGUAGAGGAUUUGUAUGAUAUGCAUGAGUUACCAAACACUUUCUGGCCAACGUCUGCAAACUUUGAAUGGACUCCAUCAAAUGAAGAUGAAUGUAGGCAAUCUUGUCUCUAUGAUUGCCAAUGUGUGGUUGCUGUACUUCGAGAAGGAGGUUGUUCGAAGAAGAAACUACCGCUAACAAAUGGAAUGGUGACCAACAGAUUCAAUGGCAAAGCAUUCGUAAAGGUAGCAAGAUCUAUUAAUGCUUCUAGUUUUCCGAGACCUGAAGGUCCUGGACCACAGAAGAAAGAUCAAUCAAGUGUGAUUCGGGUGGGAUCAUUUCUUUUAGGAGGCUCAGCAUUUAUCAAUUUCCUGCUCAUAACUGCAGGCUCCAUAUUGGCUAUCUGGUCCUGCAACAAGAAACGGAAACCAGAUCAAAUUUCAAGCACCUUGGAAAGUAAUCCACGACCUUUUACUUACCAAGAUCUUGAGGAAGCCACAGAUGGGUUCAAGGAAGAACUCGGAAGAGGUGCUUUUGGAGUUGUGUAUAAAGGGGUUUUACGAUAUGCACAUUCAACAAUAAUCCCCAUCGCUGUGAAAAAAUUAGACAGGUUAAUGCAAGAAGGUGAGAAGGAAUUCAAAGCAGAGGUAAAUGCAAUUGCUAAAACCCAUCACAAGAAUUUGGUCAGUUUGAUUGGAUUCUGUGAGGAAGGGCUGCACAGGCUUUUAGUCUAUGAGUUCAUGAGCAAUGGAACACUAGCUAGUCUCUUGUAUGGAGAUUGUAGACCUGAAUGGAAGAGUCGCACUAAAAUGGCUUUUGAGAUUGCAAGAGGACUAGUGUAUUUGCAUGAGGAGUGCAGCAGACCCAUUAUCCACUGCGACGUAGCAAGAUCUAAUGCUUCUAAUUUUCUGAAUCCUAAAGGAUCUAGAGUGCUUCAACUGCAGAAGAAAGAUCAAUCAACUCCAAUUCUGGUGAGAUCAUUUCUUUUAGGUGGCUCAGCAUUUAUCAAUUUCCUGCUCAUAAUUGCAAUCUCUAUACUAGCUAUCUGGUCUUGCAACAAGAAACAGAAACCGAGUCAAAUGUCAAGCCUCUUGGAAAGUAAUCUACAGUCUUUUACUUACCAAGAUCUUGAGGAAGCUACAGACGGGUUCAAGGAAGAACUCGGGAGAGGUUCUUUUGGAAUUGUGUAUAAAGGUGUUUUGCACCCUCCUCAUUCAACAAUUUGCAUCGCUGUGAAAAAAUUAGACAAGAUAACGCAAGAAGGUGAGAAGGAAUUCAAAACAGAGGUGAAUGCAAUUGCCAAAACUCUUCACAAGAAUUUGGUCAGAUUGAUUGGAUUCUGUGAGGAAGGGCCGCACAAGCUUUUGAGUCGCACUCAAAUGGCAUUUGAGAUUGCAAGAGGGCUAGUGUAUUUGCAUGAGGAGUGCAGCAUACCCAUUAUCCACUGCGACAUUAAGCCUCAAAACAUACUCUUGGAUGACUCAUUCAUUCCAAGAAUCUCAGACUUUGGAUUGGCAAAGCUUCUUAUGAGCAACCAAACUCGCACCACAACAGCAAUCAGAGGUACAAAGGGAUAUGUUGCUGCAGAAUGGUUCCGCAACAUGCCAAUUACAACAAAGGUUGAUGUUUAUAGUUAUGGGGUGAUGCUACUGGAGAUCAUUUGUUGCAGGAAAAACUAUGAAGAAGAACGAGAAAAUGAGGAGGAAGCGAUACUAACAGAUUGGGUCUAUGACUGCUAUAAAGAGAGAAGAUUGGAUAAAGUAGUGGAGAAUGAUGAGGAGGCGAUAAAUGACAUGACAAAGGUGGAAAGGCUAGUGAUGGUGGCAAUUUGGUGCAUACAAGAAGAUCCCUCUUUAAGACCUUCCAUGAGAAAGGUCACUCAUAUGCUUGAAGGAGUUGUCCAAGUUCCUAUGCCCCCAUGUCCUACCCCUUUUACUUCUUUAUGCUAAAGCUGUAUGCCCUUUUGCCCCAAUGUCCACGUCAUGCAUAUCAAUAUAUCAUCUUGUGCUUCUACAAAAAUGAAAGAGGUAUGAACUAUUUGUUUGAGUAUAAUUUUUUUUCUUUGAUCUUGGAGUGCACAAUAGAAACAACCUUUUCAUAUCCAUUAACUUACCUCACCCUCAUAUGAAUUCUAGACCUCUUAUUUUUACUAAAAAGAAGAUUACUUU